AUGAAGUCAGAUCCAAACCGAAGGAAUCAGAACAAAUACUGCAGGUUUCACGGCGACGUCGGCCAUAACACCAAUGACUGCGCCGACCUAAAGGAUGAAAUCGAGAGGCUAAUCCGUGAAGGAAGGUUGCAAGAGUUCAAAGCCGAAAGAAGGGGCCAAAGCCCAGGAAAUAACGAUCGACGUCGAGAGGAUAACCGGGGGAGAAAAGAUCGCGAACCGGUCGGCGUCAUAAGAACCAUUCAUUGGGGGAUCUCGGCGGGGAUUCCAGGAAGUCGCAGAAGAGUUAUGCCCACGAAGCAAGGGGUAUACCAGGAGAGGUUCUGGACUCUCUCCACUACCAAAGUAGUAAAAUUCAGUGGCACUGAUGUAACAUUCACAGAAGAAGAUGCGAAUGGUGUCCAUUUCCCCCACAAGCACGCAUUGGUUGUAGAAGCAGUGGUUGGAAACCAUACUAUGGGCAGGAUCCUCGUGGAUAAUGGAAGCUCGGUAGACAUCCUAUACUCCGAUUGCUUUGAAAAAAUGGGAAUUCCAAAGGAGUAA